AUGUCUGAGACUUUGCAUUCGAGCCCGCAGCACGUGCGCUUUGUGCCUUGGAUUCCUGGAUUUGUGAGCUGCCCCUGUCAUUCGGCAUGCCUGCAUUAUCGCGCUUUGCGCGUACGCAAUCCGCUGUGGUCGUUAAGCUGGCUGGCCUGGAGGAGCUCGGCUGUCAUCACAGAUUCGGCCGAAGAGUUGGAGGUGCAGGUCACGGAGGCCGCCAAGAAGCAAUGGAUGGAGCUGCCAUUGAUGGUAGCGUUCAACGUGACGAUUCCCGGCUCGGCGCUGAAGACGCGGACCUCUGGGGAGAAGAGUGGCGUCGGACGCAAACUCCUGAAGACAAAGUUCCCCCUGAUCAUAGCGCGUGCAAGCCGGGCACUGGACGUCCUGUCGCUCUUGCCGGAUAACUACGUGGCCCCUGUCCACAUCCCGCAACAGGACAGCUGGUUCAACGUGAAAGGGCGCGUGACGUGCACCUCUGGUGCGCCUUCCGCGGCAAAGGCGGGCUUACCUCGGCAAGUGGUGCGUCUUACGCACGGCGAGUUUGAGUUUGACGUCGAGUUCAUCGGCCAGGACGCAACAAAGGUGCCGCCGAUGGGAUCGAGCGUGGCAGUCUUUGCUCUGAAGAAUCGCGAGUGGGAGGGCGCUACAUCCAUCCAGACGUCACGGCUGUCUUUCUGGCUGGCUGUCCCUGAAGCAUCGGUGCCCAAGGCCGAGCCGGACACCCCGCCACGGAAGGUGUUGCGGCGAUCCUCCGUGGAAACAGUCAGCGUGGACUCACUCGUGCAAGGCAGCGACGCCGAGGUGGUGGGCGUGGUCGCAAGCGUCGCGCCAAUCACUGCCGCGGUAUUCGACCAGCGUAUCUUUCACGGGGACGGCAGAGGCGUCUUGCGAGUCACGCUCGAGGAUCAGACUGGCUCCCUGCCCAACGUAUCGCUAUGGAUAUCCGAAAUGGUUGCCUUGUCCUUGAAGUACGACCGGCUGGAGGCGCUGUGGUCGGAGUGCGAGGACGCUGCAGGACAGGAGGCUUUCCUGAAGGCCAUCAACGUGCUGGGCGAGCGACCGAUGAAGUGGCUUUUGCGGCGCAAGGUCUGGCAGCGCAGGGACGGCACGGAAGAGGUGCGGUACGUGGCUCUGCUGUCAUUCCCGGAGGUGUAG